CCGUCUCACUCUCGUUCCCGUCUCCUGACAGUACAUACAGUUCAUUCUCAGUCCUGUCCAAGUCUCUAGACCGUCCUCAUGGCUAACCCACGCCACGAAGCCGUUAAGAACGACCUGCUGGAGGCAGUCAAGAGCCGCGAGGCCGGAGCUUACCUGGAGGAGAUCGACGCCUUCCUGAAGCAAAAGAAGAAGUACACCGCCGACGACGUCAACCUCGCCCACCAAAUCCUCGACGUGUGUCUUGUCAGCGACAUCUUCGAGAAGGAGCUGGAGGACGUGAACGGACGCCUCAAGGAGAAAUACACGCUGAGCAACGAGAACGCCGAGCUCAGAGUAAAGGUGAAGAAGAAGACGACGGUGAAGAAGGGGAAGGUGAGGCGGUUCAAGAAGGUUCCGGCCGACAAGGAGGGGUCCUAAGGAGAGCAGGACCAUGCAUCGGAUGUCCAUAAUUGGUGUUCAGUUGAAGGGGCAGCCCUUUGCUAUUCAUGGACGUCCUCCCACGGAUGAUGAGAGCCUGGAGACGACAGAUCCUUCGGCAAGAGAAGGAUCUCCUCGCACCAUGGGUCGCCGGGGGAACUUCGGAGAGCCAAGGUGCUUCGUCCAGGAGCUGAACAUGGAUUUAGUGAUAUCGGUGCUGUGAUCAGUGGCAUUGGAAAAUCAUUGGGGGGGUUCUUUCUACCGUGUCUCAUGCUUGUUUGCGUACUAUAGCAUUUUCUUUCUCUCUCUCUCUCUGUCUCUCUCUCUCUCUCUCUUUCUCUUUCUCUUUCUCUUUCUCUUUCUCUUUCUCUCUCUCUCUCUCUCUC